AUGGCCACCGUAUGCCAGCCACAGAAGGAGGGCUGCAAAAGAAGCCACUGGCGCGUCCUAGUUCUGCUCAGCGCGGCAGCCUUCCAGGUCGCGUUGGCCGCCCCGUCCUACUACGAGGUUCUUGGUGUGGCGAAAGAUGCAGAUGACCGACAGAUCAAGAAGGCGUAUAGAGAAAAGGCCUUAAAAUGGCAUCCGGACAAGAAUCCCGAGAACCGCGAGGAAGCAGAGAAGCGUUUCCGAGAAGUGGCAGAAGCUUACGAGGUUCUGUCCAACGCAGAUCGGCGAAGGCAAUACGACUCUGGUUCCGGCGACUUUGCCCAGGGCUUUGCUCAGGGCGGCUUUGAUUUCGGGAAUUUCGGCUCUGGGUUCAAAGAUCCCAAGGACCUCUUCAAAGAGAUGUUUGGCAGUGAAGAUCCCUUCGCGGAUUUCAACAAGUUCUUCCAAGAUGCACCUUGGAUCUUGGAACCAAGCAAGGAGCAAAAAAUGUUCAGCAGCCUCGAGAAGAAGUGCGCCAAAUGCAAGGAGGCCAUUGCCGAAUCAUUCAUCAAUGAUCUAGCGGUCUAA